CUUAUGGUUGCACUCUUUGAUGAAGCAGUCACUUUUGACAGCUUCCCCGGCACAGGCCGGUCUGCAGAUUCGGAGGAUGGCAGCAUGGGAAGCAAGCAAUGCUCCGGAAACCUAACAAAUCUGAUGGCAGUGGAUGUGAAGCGUGUUUCCGAUAUUGUUUCGAACUCUUUCUCGGUCUAUGAGACACCGCUGCGACUUCUGAUAUCUUCCGUGGUUCUUAUAAGGCUUGUCGGUUGGCAAAGCCUUUUCGUCAGCAUUCUGAUCCUAUUCAUAUCUUGGCCAUUGAACAACUAUGCGAUCGAGCGGUAUUCCCGAUCUCAGAAGGAACUGAUGGACUAUCGUGAUCGCAAACUUGCCUCUGUCACGGAAGCUCUUCAUGGCAUUCGUCAAAUCAAGUUCUCUGCCACGGAAGAGCAAUGGGAAGAAAAAAUCAAUGCAUUACGCGCGGGAGAGCUGGAAUGCCCCAGUGUGGUCACUGCUGGUUCUAACUGUAUACGCAGCGCCAAGCGUCUCUCCGAGUACUUGGAUACACUUCAACAUUUACCAGCUGUUUUGCCUUCCAGAAGUAUUGAUUUUUGUGAAGCUUCGUUGACAUGGCGAGGAAGCAGUGGCUACAAUGCAGAGGUUCUGAGAAACGCGAAUAUGAGUAUUCCACGAAACUGCCUGACCCUGAUUACGGGGCCCACGGGUGCUGGCAAGAGCCUUCUGUUGGCGGCAAUGUUGGGAGAGUGUGACAUUCUCAACGGUACGGUCAAAACCCCAACUGGAAGAGAAUGGACCCCUAUAUCUGAAAAGUACCAUGAGUGGCUCUUAGAAGAUACCAUCGCCUACGUCGCACAAACGCCUUGGAUAGAGGCUCUUACCAUCCGAGAUAAUGUCUUGUUUGGCUUGCCGUUUGACGCUCGAAGGUAUACGCAAGUGAUUUUUGCAUGUGCACUGGAGUCAGAUCUGCAAGCCAUGGUGGAUGGGGACGAGACUCAGCUGGGUCCAAACGGAGUUAAUCUGAGCGGUGGGCAAAAAGCCCGUCUUUGCUUAGCCCGAGCGCUGUAUUCCAGAGCAACGGUUCUGCUCUUGGAUGAUAUAUUCAGCUCCGUUGAUGUACACACGGCUGCCCAUUUAUGCCACUAUGCUCUGGCUGGGCCACUUGCACGGGAUAGGACGCGUAUUCUCGCAACUCAUCAUGUGUCCUUAUGCCGGGAUCAUGCUCAAGGCAUAGUGCACGUUAAUGGGGCUACCGCACACUUCAAUCCCGUCGCGAACCCAGAAACACAGGACGAGGUGGAUGACAGUUGGACGGAUCAUCUAGAUAUGAAGCCCUUCGUAAAGGGAGUCAGCCACAGCAGCUCCGAUAACGACGCGACCGUCAGAUCGUCCCGAAAGUUCAUAGUCGAAGAGACUAGGGAGAAAGGAGCUGUCAGAUGGACCGUCCUGCAAGAUUAUAUCCAGCAGAGUGGCACUCGUUCCUACUGGAUGUGCUUAGUGAUGGCCUUUCUAAGCUAUAGCGUACUCAUGUUGAGCAGGAGCCAAUCCUUCCACAGCCAAGCAUCAGAUGAGAAAUACAAUGUGUCAUACUACGCCAAAAUCUACAUUACCUUGUCUGUGCUAGUGUGCACAGUCGGUGCAACUCGCAGUUACUUCGCGAUGAUCGGCUCUUUAAGGGCUUCGGAGGUUCUUUUUCGUUGCUUUCUCCACCAAGUCCUCCGGAUGCCCCUGCGUUGGAUUGACACAGUGCCUCUUGGACGAAUACUCAACCGUUUCUCAGAUGACUUUAAUCUCGUGGACUCUCAACUAGGAGACGACAUGCGAGCCAUUUUGUCUUACGGAAUGGAUGUCCUGAUGGCUGUAUAUCCAAGCCUGAUCAUCAACCCACUCUCACUUAUUUCCAGCUUUAUUCUGGGGCUAAUUACCGCUAGGAACAGUUCCCGACAGCGCUUAUAUCGUCGCGCACGUACUAAAUGGCACAGUUGGCUGUUUAAUCAGUGGCUAGCUGUCCGGUUGGAUAUGAUUGGGGCUGUCUUUACUGCAAUUUGCGCGGCUGCUGUGGUUUUUCUUGAGGUCGAGGCGUCAAUUGCCAGGUUCGCCAUUAAUUCCACCCUGAAGUUCACUCAGUCGAUAUCAUUUAGGAUUCGCAGUUAUGCGUCUUUGGAACUUGAUCUGCACAGUGUGGAAAGAUUCCUUGAGUACUGCCAUAUGGAGACCGAGAGCGACGGUGGCAAUCCCACCCCUGCCGGCUGGCCCUACGAUGGAACACUCGAAGUCAGGGACUUAUCAGUACAAUAUGCACCUGACAUAGAGCCAGCACUACAUAAUGUCACCUUCAGGGUAGAAAUUUACCAGCGCGACAGAUCUGCCAAGGAUAUAUGCGAAAUACCUCCCGGUCAGGACCUCCCUCCUGACCAGACCACCAGGUCUUUCGAUCUGCUCUUACCAGGGAUCGGGGAGGUGUGCAGCGGUGGCCUGAGGGAACACCGCCUAGAUAUAUUGAUUGAUACUAUGCGCAAGAAACGGUUCCUACGGGGGCAGAAGCCCGGCCCUGUGCCAGAACGGAAUGCCCCUGUUGAUGCAAAGCCGUAUCCUUACCUCCAUUCUGGGGAGGAACUUCAGUCGGUGGAAUGGUUCGCCGACUUGCGCCGGUGGGGAACGUCGCCGCACGGGGGCUUUGGGAUUGGCUUUGAGCGACUUUUGCAGUAUUUGACUGGGGCUGGGUCGGUUAGGGAGGUAAUCUCGUUUCCGAGAUACUUUGGGCAAAGCAACGAAAGAACGAAAAAGCAAGCGAACGCACGCGAAUUGCAGCAAAAGACAAAACAAAGCAAGAGGUCGUUUGUGGGCGGCCUGAGCACCAGGCACGUAACUACGCCUACUCCGGCAGAUGCCUCAACAAAGAAUGACCGCUAUCUUGGUAAGGAUAAAAUUAGCGUGCCCUUCUUCUUCUUCUUCUUCUUCUCCUUCUUCUUCGGGAAUCCGGACUAUACGAUUCGUUGCUUUCCUGGCUGUGAGGGUGAACAAGGUGUUAAAUAUCCCCCGGUUUCGGUUGGUUAG